AUGGCUCCACAGGACACCACCUUCCUGUGUUUCGCAUUCUUCCUGGGCCAAACAAUUUGGGCACAAGAAGAACUUCCCAUUCCUACUAUAUCUGCUGCCACAAGUCCUGUGGUUCCCUGGAAUGGUUCUGUGAGGAUUCUCUGCCGGGGAAUACCUGAAGCCUUCCUUUAUCAGUUGUCCCUGAUAAAAAACUCUACACACACAGUCAUCGAGAAGAAAUUAGGAUUUCGGAAAGAGGCUGAAUUCAUCAUCAACCACAUGAAUACAACCAUGGCAGGAGGCUAUCAGUGUCAGUAUAAGAAGAAGUACUACUGGUCAAAGCAGAGCAAACCCCUGGAGGUGGUGGUGACAGGCUUAUACAAAAAACCUGUCCUCUCCACAGAUCAAAACCUUGCACUGAUACCAGGAGAAAACAUUUCUUUCCAGUGCAGUUCAGCACACACCCUGUUCAGCAGAUUUUCACUGGCCAAGGAGGGAGAAACUUCAUCACCAUGGCACCAACAUGAAGAGUAUCAAGGCAGCUUCAGUCUUGGUCCUGUGAACGCUGACUUCUCCGGGAACUACAGGUGCUAUGGUUGGCACAGCAGCCGCCCCCAUGUGUGGUCAGCCCCCAGUAAUGCCCUGGAGAUCAUUGUCACAGUUAUGUCUCUAGACUCCAGCAAGCAAGACGCCAUAAUGGAGAAUUCAAUCCGAAUGGGUAUGGCAGGGCUGGUCCUUGUGGUUCUCUUGGUGAUAGUAGCUGAAGAUUGGAACAGCCACAGGGUAUCACACAAGGAAGACUUUCAGGAAUUUGCUGCACAGAGAUGGAGCAAAUAG